AUUUGAAGUCGCGUCGCCAUGCUUGCCCCCAUGAACCAUACAAAAUAUUGCUCGCUCCAAGCUUCACCUCUCUUCCUCCUGACCCUUUCCCUGCCCCCUUAAUCCACCUUUGCCGAGACGCCGUGAAUAUGCGAAUACAGUCCCUGUUUGUGCUGGGAACGGUCUUCUCGGGCGCAAUUGCUCACCCUGAGCCUACUGCUGAAGUGUCGUCGAAAUGGCCUUCUACCACAACUACCCCCCUUACAGCACCGACACCCGCCACGCUCCAUGGCAAUAACGGCGCAAGAAACAAACGUUAUGAACAUGGCCUGCUUUUAGAAAAACGAGAUACAACUACGGAGGACCCUGCGACCACCACAGAAGAGACCACCAGUACGACUAAAGAAGCAACAACGGAGGCGACCACGCAAGCUGAUACCACCACUGCCCCUACAACCACCGAAGCAACAACAACAACAACCGACGAUGCCACGACCACGACGGAGUCCUCUACGACAACAACUUCGAGCACGACUAGCACAACUAGUUCCACCAGUUCGACGACCUCCACAACCUCGACCACAUCCUCCACAUCCUCCACAUCACAAUCGACGAGUAGCAUGUCAACCACCACCACAAAGAGCACAUCGACUACCGCCACAAAGACCAGCUCGACGUCCACUGCAACAAGCACAAUCAGUGCUGAAAUGCGAGAAUACAAUCAUCGUGGAAAUAUAGCCGCCAUAAUCACUUUUAGCAUAUUGGGGGCUAUCUUCUUUGGUUACGGGUUCCUUCACUGCUAUCUGGAUUCUCGAAAAAAGCGCCAGAUUGCAGCGACAAAGGCAGCAGCGGAGGCCGGAUCAGACUAUUCUUUGGUGGCAUUAAACCAGAAUGCGAGAUCACAAAGUGAAAUCAACUUUGACCGGUCCUCUAUGAUGUUCGCUUCUCAAUCUGCGUCCCGUACGGAUUUGUCUUCCGUGGUUCAACAAGGUGCGCGACCUUCAUCGCUGGCAGUCAGCGAGACACUCCACCCAAGUCCAGCGACAGGUCCAUCCUCUAAUAAUCCCCGGGGGAACUUCAUCUAAUACCAGAGGGUCAAAUAAUGUUCUCAACGUGGUGGUAUCCUGUCCGACCAAUAUAAUGUGUAAUACGAUGUUAACGUCAUUUGCACGUCCAGACCUCAUUUCCCAUCAGCGAUGUACAAUUAUAUCCAAUUUUCUUCCUAUUAUGUAUUUUCAAUAUUCUACUUCUUCCCUAUCCACCAUGCAUAAUAUUCAUGGCUCGUAUAAGUUGCAUUAUUUGCAACCUAGACAUCUCAUGUGUCCAUCAUCCUUACUAGAAAUGCAAUAGACUCUGCAUGAACAGUCUUCCCCAUUA